AUGGAUGCAACUGCCAGCCUUAUUGCGAUUGUCAAUCUCUCUUGGAGUUUAGUCAAAUACAUCAAAGACGUCAAAGAUGGUGGCAAAGAACGAAAGGAGCUCCGCGAGGAGCUAAUCGCAUUGUACGAAGUCUUCGAAGAUCUGAAGUCUGAAUUCGAGUACCAUGAGGCGGGUGAGGCAGACGGCUGGUCGAAGCCGAUCAAGACAUUGUUCAAAUAUGGGGGCCCUGUUGAUCAAUUGAAGGCUGUCCUGGAAGAAUUGACAGGUGCAAUCAUAACGCCAUCUCAGAGAGCCGAGUUAGUUGGGAGAAAGUUGAAAUGGCCAUUCCAGAAAGCAGACAUUGAGAAGCUGCUUGGUAGACUGAGAUCAUUGAAAGGAACCAUCUCUCUCACAUUGACCAGAGCGAGUCUAGAGAUUGGACACAAUAUCAAAACUGGUGUCCAGCAAGUCCACAGUGCCUUGGAAAUAGUUGCAGUCGAAAACGCCGUUAAAUGGAUCUCUUCUCUCGAUUUCAGGAUGUCGCAGAAAGCAGACCAGAAACAGCCUCUGUUUGGUACCGGUCAAUGGUUUCUAGAUGACCCUCAAGUUCGAGGUUGGUCUGAGUGCCGAACUCGAGCAUUAUGGUGUCACGGGAUACCAGGGGCGGGCAAGACAGUUCUAGCAUCUGCAAUGUUUCAGCAGCUUACCGAGCAGAAUUCCACUGCUAAUACCAUGGUGCUCAUGGCUUACUGCUCAUUUGACGACAAGAAUACACAUUCAGCCUACAAUAUACUCUGCAGCUUUGUCAGACAGCUCGUAGAGCAGCAUGGGACCAUGCCGGAGAGUGUGGAGCAGCUAUACGCGGAAUAUGGCAAAGGCUUACAGCAGUCUCGGCCGGAUUUUGCCCGAGUGGUUGAAACCAUUUCAACCGAGCUGAGAAGGUUCGACAACGUCUUCGUCAUUCUAGAUGGCUUGGAUGAGCUCCCAGUUCACCAUCAGAGGACGAAAUUGCUACGUACUCUAGAAUCUCUCGAUCCACUGCCUCAGUUGAUGGUAACGUCUCGUCCUGUCCACCAUAUUUCUGAGUGGUUUUACCAUGAAGCCAGUGAGGGAAGAUACCAGUUACAAGGACACGAUCAACAAAACAAUCAAGCAAGUUAUUGUUGCGACAACUGCGACAAGUCUGCUAGUUUCAGUGAUACCGCUUCAUCGGCCGACUUUGACGUCAAGUCUUUGGGUUCUGGCAGAAUUGGAGGGAGCGAAUGGCGAGACGAAGCUUCAUAUCGAUGCCAGAAUAAGAGUUGUAAUCGUGAUGUUUGUGUCAAUUGUUACGACAAAUACGAGAUAUGUCUCGGCUGCAGUAGCCCCAAGAGUUGCUUCCAGUGGGCUUGGCCCGGAUUUGUGACCAUCACGGCACAAGCUCAAGACCUACAACGCUACAUUGCAUGGAGAAUCGAUACGAGUGAAAACCUGAGCACAAUGACACUGGUUGCUCAACCAAAAUUGAGUGAUUUGAAGAGUCAAAUCAUUCGCACGGUGUGUAGGGAGGCUCAUGGAAUGUUCCUCCUCGCCAAAUUCCAUAUGAACAGCUUAGAAGACCAAAGCAACCCAAGAGAACUACUGAAUGGCUUAAAAACCUUGCCAUCGAACGUCACUGAUAUAUAUGACAGUGUAAUCGGUCGAAUAAGCAAUCUCAAGCAGGCCGCUGUUUUGAAACAUAUGAUCUUGAUCGUUGCCACGGCGAGACAGCUCUUGUCUCUGGAUGCUGUUGCACACGCAAUAUCACUAGACCAUGGUGAUGAAGACAUUGACGAAUUGAAACUUCCGUCUGUCAAGCAUCUUGUCUCAAUGUGUGCAGGUCUACUUGAACUAGAUUAUUCAGGGGUUGUCAGACUUAGUCAUGAGACUAUCGGCGAUUACAUUGCGCAAAACGGGCUCAAAGGUUCCAAGGAUGGUCACAGCACUCUGACUAUGAUCUGUCUAACCUAUCUUCGCUUCACAUCAUUUGCAUCCGGCGCGUAUUCUGGUCCAAAUCACAGUGCGUUGCUUCAAGAACGUCGACAAAAGUACCCUUUGCUGACGUACGCUGCAACCCACUGGGGCAUACACGCCCGCAAGAUGCACGAUGAAAUACAUGGCCCCAGCAUGAUCAGUAAACUGAUAAUGAACUUCGUUUGUGAUGAUGCGCGCAUAUCCUCUGCAUCGCAGUUCAUGUGGCUCGACAACUUGGAGUCUUCGUCGGGCUGGGACGCUGAGAUUGGCGUGCAUGGACUUCAUCUCUGUGCUUACUUCGGGCUCACCGCCAUUAUUUCGGAGUUAUCGACUCAAGUGACAAAUGUCGACGUCGAAGAUUGCCACAAAACCACGCCGCUCAUGUAUGCUGCCCAAAAUGGGCAUACGGAUAUAGUGCACUUUUUGUUGCAUGCAGGGGCUGAUCCUCGUCGAGUAUGCAGCAGGGGAAGCACAGCGCUGCACCGAGCUUGUCGCAAUGGCCGGGCUGACGUCGUGAAGGAGAUCGUUCAAUUACCGAAGGAUAUCGGGGUCAAUGCACUGGACGAGGAUUGUGAGAAUUACUCUGCUCUCAUGCAUGCAAUUUAUUACAACGAUCCCGAGAUCGUAAAGAUGUUGCUGUCGCGCCAAGACCUUGACGUUGAGCUCCGAAGGCCAGGGAGACUGCGGCCACCUAACGCACUUUUGCUCGCGGUCAACUAUGGCCCUCCUGAGAGGGUCAAAGUAUUACUCAGCGACUGCCGCGUGUCGAUAGAGUCGGUAGACUCGGAUCAGAAUACAGCAUUGUCAAUCGCUGCCUCCCAGGGUGACGAGGAUAUCGUUGCACUGCUACUGGACUUUGGGGCCAAUAUCGAAGCCAGGGACUUUUAUGGCGGCACGCCACUAUUCCGCGCAAUCGACAAAAACAGCCUAAGAUGUGUUCAGGUACUCGUUGACCUGGGGGCUGAUUAUGCUGCUAAGGACCGCCUUGGACGUGGUAUACUGCACUCUUGUGCCGUCAACGGGCGUGGCCUGGUCAUGCGCUAUCUUUUAGAAAGCAUUCCUACUCUCGACGUAAAUGUCCAAGGGGACCGCGGUGAGACGCCACUACACGAUGCUGUCGAGUGUAACUCAGAACCCGUUGCGCGCAUCCUUCUUGCCCAUGGAGCCAGAACCGAUAUCGAGGACAACAGCGGACUUACUCCUCUGCGCACGGCCCGUGAUAAUGAACAAAACAGAAUGUUUGAGCUAUUGAGACAAGCACGACUGAGAGAAAAUGAGAAAAAAGACACAAUUCUGUCUAGUCAGACAUCCACCUCAGCCGGCGAAGACGAAAUUAAGCCACCUAGGCGGCGAGACACUCUUGCAUCCGAGCCCGGAAUGACAAUUCACUCAGCCUCUCGUAAGCUCUCCCGGAAACAGUUGGAGAAAUACCUAGAUGAGCUUGGCCCAGACCCCAGUACCUACAUUAACGAGCGCGACAAUCAUUCCAAUUCGCCGUUGCAUAUCGCCGCCGCGUUUGGACUCAAUGACAACGUGCGUCUCCUUCUUGAGCGCGGUGCUGAUAUCAACAGCCGAGACGAAUGGGGCUUCACUCCACUUCACCGUGCCGUUGAGACGCCACCAGGGGUUGAGGUCCUCGACGUGCUCAACAGCCUUCUGCAGCGCCCGAGCUGCGACAUCGACGCCGUGGAAAAUCUGGGCCGCAGCGCCCUUAGCCUCGCAACGGACGAAUGCUUCCACCCGGAGCGCGCUUGCUUCCUACUUAAACGGCAAGCCCGGUUCGAGGCUCACGAUGGCCGACUACUACGGGUGCUCAACUAUGCUGUCCAGACCAACCAGAUAGAUGUAGUCAGCAUCUUGGCCAAGGGUGACGUCCCCCUACACAUCCGAUGCAUGGGCCGCUUGACGCCAUAUCAGCUUGCCAAGCAGGCUGGGCAUGAUGAGCUGGCUCAAUAUCUGUUCGAAUGGAAUCGACGCCGGAAGCAUCUUCAGCCCAACGCGCCAGCGGAAGAACUGGCGUCAAACAUCAAGGAGUCCACUCAGCAGAAUAUCAGUGACGAACCACCAGCCUAUAUCGCAGGAAAAGAAAGAACACUUAUCAACGCUGUCAAAGCCACUCAUAAUUCAAAUCAUGGUCAGAACUACCGCUGGUUGGCACUUUCAGAAUUUGGAAUACACUCAGGCCUCAGCAGAAGGGAACAAGGAUUUGUCAGCAUCAUAAUCCUCUUAUGUGUGUUGCUAUAUUGGAAGUGA